AUGGAAGAAAAUAACCCACCAUCUUCUUCUAUCGAUUCAUCAUCUUCAUCUGAUCUCACUUCACUCGAUCAUUCAUAUCAAAACGAAGCUGAUUCUAACUUGACUCUCAAACACUCUCUGGAUCAUCAAGAAGAUCAUCAAUCUACUUUUCCAUCACCACUUACAACCAUUGAUUUAUUCUCAGCCACAGAACAUCAACCGAUUGGAAAAAAAACAAAAUUCAAUAAACCUAUCAGUAAGAAAACUUCAAAUCUUUCGUCAAAUUCAAAACCAAAGAAAAAAUCAAAACAAGACAUUCAAUCUAUUAAUUUGAUUAGUGAAACAGAUUCAUUAGAUUCAAAUGGACAACUCUUACCACAUCUAAGAUAUGAAACUCAAAAGAAAACGUGUUUAGGAUUACCCAAUGGAUUGAUAAAGUAUAGAUGUUCAUCUUGUAUUCGUAGACAAACCGGUUCACUUUGUUCAUUUGUUCAUAUUCGAUCAUGGAUCUAUUCUAAAGAAUCUAAUCAAUUAGUGGGUGGACCUCUUUUCGAACCUGUCAAUCGAACCGAAUCUCAAACCAGUUAUCGAUUGGCUCGGUUUCCUAUGGUCUUUAAUCAAUUACCUACUUUAAAUCAAUUGAUCCAAUUAAGACAAACGGUAGGCAAAUCAUUGAAACCGGUCUUGCAAAGGGAAUUAAUUGAGUAUCAGAAUGAUGAAAAAAGUGUGAGGUUUAUUGGUAGAAGGAUCGAUGUGUUGACUAGAUGUGAUUAUUGUUCGGUGACUUUGAUUGGGGUGGCUUGGAUGUGUCAAAGAUGUGGGAACGAAGCUUGUGUGAAGUGUUUUAAGAUUUUGAAAACUUUGUCUGAUCAUGAUCAAUUUGUUGAUCAAGAUGAUGAAGAAGAAGAUCAAGAAGAGAUUGAAGAAGAAGAUCAGAUGAAAAAACUCGAUGUCGAUUGUCAUUCACAUUGGAUUAGACGACUUCGGUUUUGUGUGAAAUGGUUCGGAUCUAAACAUGAUCCAUCUUAUCAUAUUAAAAUCUCUCAUCUCACUAAACAAGAAAUCUUGAAUUAUUUAAAUCAAAUCGAUCAAACCCUUCAACUGGAUUCCACUACGACCACUCCACCAUCUACACCUUUUCCUCUUGAUAGCAUCUUAUAUUCACCAUCUGAUUCUGAGAGUGAACCGUAUUAUAAGAUAGAUGUAGGUGCACUUGAAUAUCAUCGUGAAAUAUUUCAUCGAAUUUGGUCAACUGGAGUGGCUUUAGUCGUCACAGGUAUGGACAAACGAAUGAACCAAAGCUGGGAUUCGACCUACCUUAGAACUACUUAUGGAGAAGAACCUUGUAGGAUGUUGGAUUCUAAUUUACCUCAUGGUGAUCCAAUCGAAACGAAUGUGGGAGAUUUUUUUGAAAGGUUUGAAGAUCUUAAUUCUCAAGAUCCAACGGAUUGGCCACCUGAAACGGAUUUUAAGAUGAAAUUUCCAGAAUUGUUUGAAGAUUUUCAAAAAUCGAUUCCGAUUGCUGAAAUCACAAGUCGAAAUGGAUUUCAAAAUUUAGCUGCACAUUUUCCUGAGAAUGCUAAUAUUCCGGAUAUUGGACCUAAGGCUUUAUGGCAUUUGUAUCAUGCAAAAGAUACAGAAAAAUUAAGACAAUUUCUGUACGAUCAUAAUUCGAAGAAAUUAGGAAUUCCAGUUGAAGAAGUUAAAAGGAAAUAUGAUGAUCCGAUUCAUACAACUAGGACUUAUAUUGAUGUUGAAAUGAGAAAACAACUUUGGGAAGAGUAUGGGGUGAAAGGUUAUGAAAUCAAACAGAAACCUGGUGAAGCGGUUUUUAUUCCUGCUUAUACUGCACAUCAAGUUUGUAAUUUGGCCAAUUGCAUUAAAGUAGCCGCGGACUUUGUUUCUCCAACUUCGAUUGAAAGGUGUAUGAAGCUUAAGGACGAAUUUAGAACUCAAUUACAUGAACAUCAAAAGCCUUGGAGGGACGAUGUUUUACAGAUUGAUCAGAUGUUACUUUAUGCAUUUGAUUCCUUAGGUAGAAAUCUUGAAGAAUUUAAGGUUUGAUUUUUAUGAUUUUUAUGAGUAUUUUCUUUUUGAAAAAUCGUUGGACAGUUUUAUGGAAAAAAUGGAAAGGUUUCUUUGGAAGUUUAGUUUGAUUUUGUUUUUCAGUACAUUAGCAGAUUUGUUUUAAUACAGUCAACCAAAAAAAAAAAAAAACAGGAGGUUUUUGUUGUCUUUGGAUUUUCUUUUGGUUUUCUUUAAUGUUUGUUUCUGAUGUUUGUUUUUCUUUGAUAUAUUUGAUGAUUUUUAAUAUUUGGUCUUUUUGAUUUCAAAGACUGAAAGAUUUGAACAAUUUG